AUGUUUUUCGAAUUUUUUGCUGUCGCGUUUUUGACGGGUUUGAGUCAUCAAAUUCAAGCUUUCGAUUGUAAACCACAGCAAAACAUAUUAAUAAACACGAAACAAAAUUUAGGAGAUCCGAGAAAUUUUAAAAGUUUUUUCGAUGAUAAUAUAACGACGGGAAAACCCGUAACGAGACACGUUUUUUCUAAAGGAAAAUAUCCGAUUUCUUUAAAUUUUCCCCAACAGGCAAUGGAAACGAAAAUACCAGUAACGGUCACACACGUUAGAGCACCGUUACAAGAAAAACCGAUUAUACAUCUACCGGUUGAAAUACCACCUCCUAAAACCGUCGCUCAUUCUUGCACCUGUUAUAAAACCAUUUUAAAACCGUCUGGACAACAGCAAAUAAUUGCCAUACCGUCACUUCAACAAUUCAUCGAUGGUCAAGUCAUCAAACCCAUACAAUUCGAUAAUAUUAAUUCAAACGGUAUGAACGGUAUAAACGGUAUAAACGGUAUAAACGGUAUAAACGGUAUAAACGGUAUAAACGGUAUAAACGGUAACGGUAACGGUGGUGGUAAUUUAUUGAUAACGACACCCGUCGAACCUACUCCUCCGCCAUCUGGAAUUCAAAUUUCACAAGUUGAUACUUUAAAUUUCCCACGGAUUCAAACCAUUCAAUUUCCUAAAAUUCAAACCGUUCAAACCCUUCGUCAAAUUCCUCAAGUUCAAUUAAUUGAAAUUCCAAGAGUUGAAUCUUUUCAAGUUCCGACAGCGCAAAGUUUUAAGCCUAACUGCUUUUCCGUGUUACAAACCUCGUAA